AUGGCGAGUAAUGCCAAUGGUGUGCGCACGUAUUGCCCGUCGGCUACCCGGAGGGCAAAGGGAAUCAGGCUGCGGCAAAAAUCAAAACUGCGAUCGGCCGAAGCUGCCCGUGGCCAGCCAGCCUGCCACGUUGUAACUGGUCCCACGCUGAGCCGCACGGAAGAGAUUGAUGAGAGAGAUGAGCAAGGGAUGGGAAAGCUAACUAGUAUUAUUACCUAG